GGCUGCCCGUUGCUAGGCGGGAGGGGUCCUUGAGCUCCGCGCAGGCAGCGCCGGGGCCACCCUCGCCGCCAGGGGUCCUCGAGGCGGCGGAAGCGGCGGUCCCGCGCACGCGCAGUCCUUUCCGGUCGGGCCCCGCCGCCGCCGCCACGAUGUUGAUGCCCAAGAAGAACCGCAUCGCCAUCUACGAGCUGCUCUUCAAGGAGGGCGUGAUGGUGGCCAAGAAGGACGUGCACAUGCCCAAGCACCCCGAGCUGGUGGACAAGAACGUGCCCAACCUGCACGUCAUGAAAGCCAUGCAGUCCCUCAAGUCGCGGGGCUACGUGAAGGAGCAGUUUGCCUGGAGGCACUUCUACUGGUACCUGACCAACGAGGGCAUCCAGUACCUGCGGGACUACCUGCACCUGCCCCCCGAGAUCGUGCCCGCCACGCUGCGCCGCAGCCGCCCCGAGACCGGCAGACCCCGGCCCAAAGGUCUGGAGGGCGAGCGCCCGGCGCGGCUGACGCGGGGCGAGGCUGACCGGGACACGUACCGCCGCAGCGCCGUGCCACCUGGUGCUGACAAGAAGGCUGAGGCUGGUGCUGGAGCAGCCACGGAAUUCCAGUUUAGAGGUGGAUUCGGCCGUGGCCGUGGUCAGCCCCCGCAGUAGAACUUUGUGCUCAUGUUUUGUGUAUAAUAAAAGAGGUGAAAAUGCCA